AUGGCCCACUUCCUCCUCUCCCUCGCGGCAUCGUCACUGCUCGUCAAGUCCACGCUCAGUGCACCCUCAUCUGCGGCUGUCUCUUCGAGCAUCGUGGCCUCUGGUUUGAGCUCCGCCGCACCCGCGUUCGAGACAGUGGCCCUCGCAAGCGACGAUGCGAACGACAUCCUGUGGUUCGCCGACACCCCGAACAACCCUGACCCUCAGGCCAUCCGCGGGUCGCUCGGUGCCACGGUACUCGGCCCUGCCAACAUCCCCAUUGACCAGCAGAACGCCGACUUCCUCGCUCCCCCAAGCACCGAUGCCGGAAGCAUCAAAAACGCCAAGUGGCCAUUCAGUUUGAGCCACAACCGCCUGCAGACCGGUGGCUGGGCACGCCAACAGAACCAGGACGUCAUGCCCAUUGCCGGAUCCAUGGCCGGGGUGAAUAUGCGGCUCGACGCCGGUGCCAUCCGAGAGCUUCACUGGCACAGUACGGCAGAGUGGGCUUAUGGGACUGUCCAGGUCACAGCUGUCACCGACAAAGGACAGAACUUCCUUGGCAACGUGGGCCCGGGCGACUUGUGGUACUUCCCUCCUGGUAUCCCGCAUAGUUUGCAGGCGACGGCCGACCUUCCGGACGGUGCGGAGUUCCUCUUGGUCUUUGAUGACGGAGCAUUCAGCGAAGACUCGACAUUCUUGCUGACCGAUUGGCUCUCGCAUGUUCCCAAGGACGUGAUUGCUAAGAACUUCCAGACCAGUCCCUCUGCGUUCAAUCACAUUCCCGCCCAGCAGCUAUACAUAUUCCCAAGCGUCCCAAUCUUUGUUCGCAUAUACAUCUACAUCUGCAUCUCGCGUUUGUGCGGUGCAGCCCCACCUGCGGACAACCUUCAGGCACCUGUCAGCCCGCAGGGCACCGUUUCGAACCCCUUCAUCUUCCCGCUCUCCCAGGUCAAUGCGACUCAAUUCUCUGGAGGCACCUUCAAGGUCGUCGACGAGUCGACGUUCACUGCAUCUACAGCGAUUUCGGCCGCGGAGGUGUCGGUUGAGCCCGGAGCGAUGAGGGAACUCCAUUGGCACCCGACUCAGGAUGAAUGGACCUUCUAUCUCGGCGGCUCCGCUCGUGUCACGCUCUUUGGCUCGAGUGGGAACGCGCGAACGUUCGACUUCCAGGCGGGUGACGUUGGCUUUGUACCUGCUUCCUUCGGUCACUAUGUCGAGAACAUUGGCAACACCACUCUUCACUUCUUGGAGAUAUUCAACUCUGGACGCGUGCAAGACAUUAGCUUGAGCCAGUGGCUCGCCCUGACGCCGCCCGAGCUCGUCAAAGCGCACUUGGACCUGUCUGACGAGACGAUCGCCCACUUGAGCAAGACGAAGCCCGUGAUUGUGGGGAGCGGCUCGCAGUGA